AGUCGUCGUGGCCUAAAGGAUAGGACGUCCGGUGCAUUCGUAUGUAGCGAUGCACCGGUGUUCGAAUCCCGCAGGUGGGUACCAAUUUUUCGAAUGAAAUACGUACUUAACAAAUGUUCACGAUUGACUUCCACGGUGAAGGAAUAACAUCGUGUAAUAAAAAUCAAACCCGCAAAAUUAUAAUUUGCGUAAUCACUGGUGGUAGGACCUCUUCUGAGUCCGCACGGGUAGGCACCACCACGGAAUAGAUAAAUAACCUUAUUUAUCUAUUCCGUGGGUACCACCGCCCUGCCUAUUUCUGCCGUGAAGCAGUAAUGCGUUUCGGUUUGAAGGGUGGGGUACCCGUUGUAACUAUACUGAGACCUUAGAACUUAUAUCUCAAGGUGGGUGGCGCAUUUACGUUGUAGAUGUCUAUAGGCUCCAGUAACCACUUAACACCAGGUGGGCUGUGAGCUCGUCCACCCAUCUAAGCAAUAAAAAAAAUAAAAAAAUGUGCUCAAUGAUUGUGCAAUGGAGGCUCAAAACCCAAGGCUUUAAGCGCUUUGGUUUAAAGUCAUGGACAUAAAUUGUGAAUGCCACUAUGCAAUUUAAAACACGAAUUCGUAAACUCGAAUAUACAGCAGUAUAACGUCAAUGCUUCAAAGGGCAGUCUAGUUGCAUUACCACAGAAAUAGGUGCUGUUAAUCAGAUUACCAGACUACUGCCGCGUCUGCAUUAUUUUAAUGCUAACAUACUGGCAUCAUUCUACAAAUGUAAAUCUUAUUUUAUCCUUUUGUUUAAUCGAAAUUAUUUUAACAUCAGUUCAUCUGCUCUAAGCUUCGCUUAUAUAUUAUAUAUCACUAGAUAUCGUUGGCCCAAUUAUGAUAGAUAAAAAACCAUAAUAUCAUUAGACUAAUAAAUAACGUAAUAUUCGAAUCUAAUCAAUUUGAUAUUGAUCCGUCACAGAAAUUAAAAUGCUAAUCAAUAGGCGACAAACGUUCAAUGAGAAUGAUCAAAUUUAAAAUGGAUACGAGCUUUUUUGUUAUUCUCGCUUUAGUAAGCUCCGUGUUCGCCGGUAAACACGAUAUUUACUCGAGACAUGCUGUCUACGGUGUUGAGCUUCGAGACCAGGAUGAUGUGGCGACUCUCUUCAAUCUCCAGCAAAAACUGAACGUCGAUAUCUGGGAGCACGGUAUGGCCAGAGUCAGAGACGCUGAAGUCAUGGUCUCACCGGAGCAGUCCAAGGAGUUCUUCGAGACUUUAGAUAAUAACGGUUUGAAGUAUUAUUUGAAAAUAGAAGAUGUUUCUAAAGUUCUGAAGGAGCACGAAGAGGAUCUGGCGAAAUGGAGGAGAAACAGAAAUAACAGAAUGAUCUUUCAAGAUUAUCCGCGUUACGCUGAGGUAAACCAAUACAUGGAAGAAAUUGCCGCUAGAUAUCCAAAUUUGGUGACCCUAGUCAACGCAGGGAAAAGCUUCGAGGGGCGAGACAUCAAAUAUUUGAAGAUAUCGACUACAAACUUCGAGGAUCCUCGCAAACCAGUUUACUUCAUGGAUGGCAUGAUGCACGCUCGUGAAUGGGUCACGACUCCAGUCACGAUGUACUCAAUCUUCAGGCUCGUAGAGAACUUGAGAGAUAAUGAGAGGGAUCUGCUUGAGGACAUCGAUUGGAUCAUUUUGCCUAUCGUCAAUCCUGAUGGCUAUGAGUUUAGCCAUACCGACGACCGUCUUUGGCGUCGCACCCGUUCCGUCAACCUAGAAGUCAGUACUACCUGCUUUGGAGUCGACGCGAAUAGGAACUUUGAUGUCGACUUCAAUACCCUAGGGGUAUCCAGCGACCCGUGCUCCCAGACGUACCCAGGGGUCGCGCCGUUCUCCGAACCAGAAACAAGAAUAGUCCGGGACAUCCUCUCGAAGUACUUGCCACGUAUACAGCUUUACAAUAACAUUCAUAGCCAUGGAAACUAUGUUUUGUUCGGUUUUGGAAACAACACUUUGACACCUAAUGUGGCGCAGCUGCAUCAUGUGGCUGCCGCGAUGGGCGCUGCCAUGGACGCUGUCAAAUUACCCGAAGCCGGAUAUUAUCUGAUCGGUAACAGCGGUCUGGUGCUAUACAGAACUUCUGGAAGCGCCCAGGAUUACGGUCAGCAUGUUGGUGUCCCCUUCUCGUACACGCUGGAGCUGCCUGGAUACGGCUACGACUUCAGGGUACCGCCUUCUUUCAUCGAUCACAUCAACGAGGAGACCUGGAAGGGAAUCGCCAUCACUGCUCGCCUUUCAAAGAUUCACUACCGCAGCAGAACUAGUCCUCUCAUUCACGCUGUCAGUGAUAAUUCUAUUGAUAGUGGCAGCGAAGCGCGGAUUCUUCAGGGUUGGGGCCAGUCGGAAGCCCCAAAUUUACGGCCCAUUAUUGGUGCAGGCCACAGCACCUCCUGUCCCGAAAACAGUGGAACUAUCACCAUUAGCCACGUACACCGCAUAGCUGCUGUUUGGGAUACAGAAGAAAAAUAGAUCUGCAAAAAAAAAUCAUUACCUUGAGGUAAUUAUCAACUUCCCCUGAUUUGAAUCAGGGGAAGUUGAUAAUUUAUCGAAAUGAAAAAUACAAAACUAUUCAAAAUACAUGUUUAAUUUAAAUUAAAAUCGGGAUAACUUUACGAAUCGAUAAUUAUUAUUGUAUGUAUUGUAUAUCAAUCCCAUCAGUUGUAAAGUUUUUUUUUUUUUUUUUAUAAACGACACUUUAAAGUAGUAAAAGGUUGAGAUCCCGAAAAAAAAAUACAAAAAAAAAUAUCAGCGUAUCCAUUUAUGGUAUUUUUUGUUAAUAAAACAUUCCAGUCUGUGCUCAUAUGUCUAGAAUUUUUUAAAUCAUGCAUUUAAAACCAAAUAAAUUUUUAGUAAUAAAUUCAAAAUUUCCCGCUCAAACGCUGUUAACGUUAGGCCUCUUUGCACAUUUACUUGUAUUAUGUGUGGUCAGGCAUGCGUCAAACAAAUGCUUUUUUAAUUUUGGAAACAGUGUUCUAGAAUUGAGUUUAUUCAUUCGAGUUAACUAAAAGUUGCCACAUCCAUAAAUUUUAUUGUCAUAAAAUGAAAUUUAAUUCCAGUAAUUAAAUAAUCAGUAUUAAGUAAGUUGAAAAAUUUAUCAUAACAUCCCGAUGGAUUUUUAAAUUACUUCCAUUUAGUGUAGGUAUAGGUCAUAUUAUCAUUUUCGUUUCAUUAUUCUUCGUUCUAUUAAUCUGUACAAAUUUUGUAAGUUUUUUUUUAAAUUUUCAAUAGUCAACAUUUCAAGUCAAGUCAAUCAAAUGUUUUGUUCAAUUAUAUUUUUAAAAACAGAAUUACAAUAUGUAUAACACAUUAUUAAGGCAGUACAUUAUUAUUAGUAAUACUAAAUAGCAUUCCAUUUUGACAUUGAUAAUAUUUUUAGUUUUGGUUAGGUAUGUAUUUUAUAAAACUUGUUUCCAGAGUUUGCGGAGUAUGCUUAAUAAAAUAAAAAUCUAACAUCUAAACAGUAUAAAUAUUGUUAACACUGUAUUAAACUCUUCCGGCUAUGUACAUUAUAAAAAUUAUUACUUAACCUGUUUUACCGUGAUUUAAUUCACUUUAAAUGAUUUCCCGAUAUUUCGGCAGUAUUGCCUAUCGAAAUAACAACGCAACAACAAAAUACGGAUUAAAGGAAAAACAAUAAAAAAAAAGUUUUUUUUAUUAAGGGUAUUUCACACAUACAUUUCGACGUUAACCCAUUAUAUUAGUCGUUUAAAAUUAACGAAAUAUUCUCAGUUCAUAGAAAAAAUAGGACUGGGUUCUUGUCACAUGCGAAAUUCUACGAAACGCGAACACGAAUAAAUGAUUAGGCAUCUCUUAGAUAAACCCUUUGAAUUAACAAACACAGCGUAUCAAAAAGACCUUUAUUAAAUAGUUUUAUUCAAAUCGUAAAACAUUAUGUACGAACAACAUACGAAAAUAAAUGUAUUUUUAAUAUUUGAUAUAUAAAAAUGAAUUGCGUUCGUUAGUCUCGCUAAAACUCGAGAACGGCUGGACCGAUUUGGCUAAGUUUGGUCUUGAAUUAUUUGUCGAAGUCCAGAGAAGGUUUAAAAGGUAGAUAAAUAUGAAAAUGCUCGGAAUUAAAAAAAAAUAACAAUUUUGUUUUUCCUUUGAUGUGUCCCCCGUUGGACGGAUUCCUAUUGUUUGUUUUAAGUGUAUUUUAUACAAAAAAUUAGGUCUUUUAUUUAUCGAUUGAGGCACUACGAAGUCUGCCGGGUCAGCUAGUAUUUAAUAAAAUUGUUUUUAACUUUUAGCUCGAGCGCGCCAAUCUGUCAAGUCAAGACCGAAAAAUGUUCGCAUGUGUUUAUUUUCGCUUCAUACCCAUCUUGUGUGUUAGCUGGUUUAAUAAAUUAACAAUUAAUCGCCAUUAGUUGACGAUGCGAAUAGAAGUCGGGCGUGAUACAAGGAAAAUUUUUAUAGACGUUGCGCGUGUUCCUAAUUACGCAAAACAUAUGCCAGUCGCUCUUCUGAUAAGGCGACUUGACGUGUCACCAACAUUCCAUUGUGUUGUAUAAAAACAGAUAGUAAUAUACAGGGUGUUCCAGAAAGAAUGGAUAAUCCUGAAACACCCUCAUAGUAGAGGUAUAGGGGACUCAAAAAAAAAUCUAAGGUAGUUCCCAAGUUAAACAAAAAAAUUCUAAAUUUCAUGAUUAAAAUUUAAGUUUCAGAUUAACUUUUAUAAAAAAAAAAUACACUAACUACUCAUACGAUUUCUUUCACAUUCCUUAGUAUAGUCUAUGUAGAAUAUUAGAAUACCAAAAAGCCUAUGGAUUUCAUUUAUUUGUAGAUGUUGUAUAUUCCAUAAAACAGUAUGGAAAACAUAAAUAAUUUUUUUUAAAUACGUAAUUUGGGUACUAUCUGUGAUUUUUUAUUUUAUGUUGUCAGUAGCUCUACAGUUACUAUGAGGUGUUUCAGGAUUAUCCGUCCUUUCUGGGACACCCUGUAUAAAGAGACGCAGUGCAUUGGAGCCCCUCAAAAAUAAACACAAACUAAACUGUAUCGUGUCGAAUAAUAUUUGCACUGUAAAUUGUGUAUUUUGUACGUUUGAUAAUAUUCAAUUGUAACCAUGAUUCUGCUGCUAAUUGCAUGUUAUUCAGUGCUUCGUUUGCUUUGCUUUGGAGUUGCCUCAUCCACGUUUGCUUCAUAAUAAAUGUCGAUGAGGAUAAUGGCUGAGAUUUUGUACCAAACGUCGAAGUUACCAUCUUAAAUCCGAAAUAUUCUAAUAGCGAAACAAAUUGAAGAUAAAACAUUUAUUGGAAUAUUUGAAUCAAUUUAUUCCAAUAAGAAAAGAGUUUAAAUGGUUUCAGACAGUAGCUUCAAUUACAUUUAAAAAAAUUCGAUCGCUAUUUUUAAGAAAAAUCUAACAUUUACAUUUUAAAUAACCAACUAAAGUCGAAUAAACCUAAGAUAUUUCACGUCAAGCUAAACCAAUAAUCGAUCAGAUUACAUGGAACUGUUGUUUUGGUAUGAUCGAUAGCCCCAAGUGACGUAACACGUCAUGAAGUUUUAGAAAUGAGGCAAGUUUUGGAAACUACGCAGCAAAAUUUGAAAAUAAGAAGGAAAGUUUUUCGUUCCUUGAAUUAUAUCAGAUUCAAACAAUUGCGAUUCGCCGUUUCUCGACCCCAGUUUGGAUGUCUUAAAAGAUGAUGGCGUCGCUGUUGAUACUUACCCACUGAUUUUCUCGCUGGAUCUUCUCAGUAAGUCGUUAUUCUGAUUCGGUGGUAGAUUUCUACCAGAUUGAGCCUUGUAAGCUACAAACGUUUAGUAAACUUCUUCUUUAGAAAAUAAAUAAUAGUUUAAAAAAAACUAACAAAAUACGCUUUUAUAGAAAAUUCAACUAAAAAAUAGAAAAUAAAUUUGAAUUAAAAAUAGUUUAAGAAAAAGUUAUAUUAUAUAGUAAAAAAAGCGAGGGGUGCAUUGUAUCAGUAAGUAGUUAUGAAUAUUUUAUGUAUAGAUAUGAGUAGAAGGGUUAUUUUGAUAAUAUCCUGAAAUCCCACCCUUUUCUUUUUACAAUAAAAUAAUUUUUUCUUACACUAUUUUUAAUUCAAAUUUAUUAAAUUUUAUUUUCUAUUUUUUAAAUAUUGAAUUGUCAGCAGUCCUUAAUAAGUAUACCAAAUUUCGAGUUAAUCCGACGUUUUGAAGGGGGUCAAAAUCAUGUUCAAAGAUUCCGUCACAUACUAACAUUCAUACGUCUGAAGCUAAUAAAAGCGUAUUAAAAACUUCUUUCGUGUAUUUGAAUUGUUUACACACAGCAUUCAUAGAAUGUAUUUAUUUAUCAAUAUACAAAUUUACUCAAUAAAUCGUACUUAAAUAGAGUUUUAAAUCUUAAUUAAUACAUGUAACUUUACAAUGAAAUACAUUAUGUGCUAUAAGGGCGCAAGAAACUUCGCACACACGUUAAAAGAAGAUAAUAAAAAUAUAUAUACGACUUUAAGUAUGUAACGUCUUAAUUUAAGUGCCAUACUGUACCAAGGAAAUCGUAAUAAAAAAUAAAAAGUAAA